CUUUUCUUUCUUUCUUUUUUUAAUCCUUCCCCCUUUUUCCUUCCCCCCCUUUCCCCUUCUUCUCUCCCUCCCCUCCCCUCUGUCCUUGCAAAAUUGCUGCUGGUGGGGUAAGUCAGGAGGAAAAUGCCGCAACUAAAUGGCGGUGGAGGGGACGAUUUGGGGGCGAACGAUGAAUUGAUCUCUUUUAAAGACGAAGGGGAGCAAGAAGAGAAGAUCUCGGAGAACUCGUCGGCAGAGAGGGAUUUAGCCGAUGUCAAAUCGUCGCUAGUCAAUGAAACAGAAACGAAUCAAAACAGCUCUUCAGACUCGGAGGCGGAGAGGCGGCCCCCGCCUAGGUCCGAAAGUUUCAGAGAUAAAUCCAGAGAAAGUUUAGAGGAAGCUGCGAAAAGGCAAGAUGGAGGGUUGUUUAAGGGCCCACCAUAUCCCGGGUAUCCCUUUAUAAUGAUCCCCGACCUGACCGGCCCCUACCUCCCCAAUGGCUCCCUCUCGCCCACGGCAAGAACGUACCUGCAGAUGAAAUGGCCACUGCUAGAUGUUCAGGCAGGGAGCCUACAGAGUAGGCAAGCCCUCAAGGAUGCUAGGUCUCCAUCUCCAGCACACAUUGUUUUACAGACCGAUCCUAGCCAUGUUUACUUGGAAGCAAGUCGCCCUGAGUUUUUUGGAACUUGUUUCCUGUCUAACAAAGUCCCAGUUGUGCAGCACCCACACCAUGUACAUCCUCUCACGCCGCUUAUUACGUACAGCAAUGAGCACUUCACACCAGGAAAUCCUCCUCCACACUUACAAGGCGACGUAGAUCCGAAAACAGGAAUUCCACGGCCUCCGCACCCUCCAGAUAUAUCUCCUUAUUAUCCACUAUCACCGGGCACUGUAGGGCAAAUCCCCCAUCCGCUAGGAUGGUUAGUACCACAGCAAGGUCAACCAGUCUAUCCAAUCACAACAGGGGGAUUCCGACAUCCCUACCCAACCGCUCUGACUGUCAAUGCUUCCAUGUCAAGCUUUCUCUCCUCUAGGUUCCCUCCACACAUGGUCCCUCCACAUCAUAGUUUACAUACGACUGGGAUCCCUCAUCCGGCCAUAGUCACCCCAACAGUCAAACAGGAAUCUUCCCAGAAUGAUGUCGGCUCACUCCACAGCUCAAAACAUCAGGACUCCAAAAAAGAAGAGGAGAAAAAGAAGCCACACAUAAAGAAACCUCUUAAUGCAUUUAUGUUGUAUAUGAAGGAAAUGAGAGCAAAAGUUGUAGCAGAAUGCACGUUGAAAGAGAGUGCAGCCAUCAAUCAAAUCCUUGGUCGAAGGUGGCAUGCAUUAUCCAGAGAAGAACAAGCUAAAUAUUAUGAACUAGCCAGAAAGGAACGACAGCUCCACAUGCAGCUUUACCCCGGCUGGUCCGCACGGGAUAACUAUGUAGGUGGCUAUGGCAAAAAGAAGAAAAGGAAAAGGGAUAAACAGCCAGGAGAGACCAAUGAACACAGCGAAUGUUUCCUAAAUCCUUGCCUUUCACUUCCUCCGAUUACAGAUGCAAAUACUCCAAAGAAGUGUCGGGCAUUGUUCGGGCUUGACCGACAGAGUUUAUGGUGCAAACCGUGCAGGAGAAAAAAAAAGUGCGUUCGCUACAUACAAGGUGAAGGCAGCUGCGUCAGCCCACCCUCUUCAGAUGGAAGCCUACUAGACUCUCCACCGUCUUCUCCCAACAUGCUAGCCUCCCCCACAAGAGACUCAAAACCACAGACUGAACAAACCCAACCUCUCUCGCUCACAUUGAAACCCGACCCACACUCACACCUCGCGAUGAUGCCGCCCCCGCCGUCCUCCAUAGCCCUGACAGAAAGCUCCACUAGCAAAUCCAGCGGUCUGCCUGCUAGUAAUUGUCAGAACGGGGCACUGGACCAUCAGUCUGCCACUUUACCGCAGUCCGCGCCAUCGUCCUCUUCGCUAGUGCAACCCUCGACAUCCUCCUUGCAUUCCCAUAAUUCUUUGGCUGGGACACAGCCUCAGCCACUGUCACUCGUCACCAAGUCUUUAGAAUAGCUUUAGCCUCUUGUAGCCGUUUUUAAAUUUUAUUUCAUUUCUUUUUGUGUCAAGAUUUCUCCCCUCCCCCCUUUUUUCCGUUUAUAUAUUUUUUAAAAAAUUUGUGCCAUAUGGCUGGCUACAUUAGUUGAUGUGUAUCGAGUUCAUUGGUCAAUAUUUGACCCAUCCUUAUUUCAAUUUUUCCCCCUUUUUAAAUAUGUAGAUGGAGAAAAAAAAGCCUCAUGAUUCUGCCAAAAUUUUUAUCAACAGCUGUUUAAAGUCUUUGUAGCGUUUAAAAUAUAUAUAUAUAAAUAUAUAUAUACAUAACUGUUAUGUAGUUCCAAUAGCUUAGUUUCAAAGACUGAUUUUCAAAAUUAAAAAAAGAAGCAAUUUUGAAGCAGCCCUUGCCGAAGGCGUUGGUUCUUUAUUAUUUGUAUUAAAUACGAGCUUGCGAACCAAUCAUUUUACAUCUGGUUUUAAAAACUUUUUAAGGGCACAAUGAAUGCAGUGCCGCUAUUUUUUUCCCCGUUGUUUUUUUUCCUUUGUGUGAUAUAACUUUUUUGUGAUGUUACUUGUUAUUGUUUAAAUGUACAGAAACAAAGGGUUAAAAAUGUGUUAAUAUACCUUGUUCCAUGGUGUUGUUCUUUUUUGGGGGAGGGAAUGCUACUCAACAAUUAAAAAGUAUCACAACGCUAUUGGACCAGUAGUAUUUAUUGCUUUAGAGAUUGCUUGUUGUAUCUGUAUGUUUGUCCAUUUUUUAAAAGAAAUGCUUUCCUUUCUUUUUCCCCUUGAAACAUUGUGUAAAGGGUUUUUUUUCCCCUUAGUGUAAGCAACAUAUAUAUAACAACUCAUUUGUACAAGGUUUUUAAGUUUAUAUAUAAAUGUGUAUAUAUAUAUUUUUGUUGGCUUCUUUUUUAUUUUGUUUUAAUUUCUUCCUUUUUUUCUGUCACACAGUUGCCACCAAAUGGACAUUUGCAGAUGGAUCAAUAGUGGUUAAAAAAAAAAAGCUUUAAAAGCCAUUACAUGAAAUAAGACUUGAAAAUUUAGCACGGGACUUUUUAUCAGUGCUGUUGGAGAAACAGCAGAGUUUCCCAUUCAGAACUGCAGAUGACUUCCCCUGCCACUUGUAGGCUGUGAGCAAAAAAAUUUAUGUGCCAAAAUUCUCAGUGAUUUUCUCCUUUCCCAACAAUUUUUAUGCUGUAUUUUUUUUUUGUUCAUCCUGUUUUGCUGUGAUGUUACAUAGGUAGAUAUGUAUGUAGUUUUUAAUGUCACCUAUUACAGACGUGUUUGGUAGCAGAUUGUCCAGAAAGCAUUUUAAAAUGAAGAGGUAUAAACCCUAAAGGGCCAAAUUCUGUAUAUUAGAUUAUUCAUAAAAUGAAAAAUCAGACUGCCACUUUUAUGUAUACUUACUACAUACAGGUAGGUAGCAAACUUAAAAAAAAAAAAACUAGGCAUGUUGAUGUUGCAAAUUUUUUAAAAGAAGAUAAAUGCUGUAUAAAGCUGAAAAAAUGUUCAUCUGUUCAUCCAGUGCCAUUGUAGUUGACAUGAAGCGAUUGUAAAACUGUCUCCAGUUUUCUUCUCUGGUUUAUUAAGAUGCUAACUAUGACAUUUUUUGUGAAUCCUUUGAAUGUUUCCUAACAGUUGUGAUGUUACUGUUCCGUUUUAUUGCUCUUAUUCCAAUUUUUCAUUUCUAAUGGUUUGGAAGCCAUUUUUGUAAUGAAUAAAUGUCCAUGCUGUACAGUAUCUGUAGCAUGCAGUUCUGGAUUAAUAAAAGCAACUUAGUACGUGCA